GCCUUCCGCCGCCCCACACACAGCUGAUUCCGGUCGUUCGCCAGUCGGCCCCGCCGCCAAUGAGAGAUAAAUGCACCAAAUCACAAGUCUUCGAUUCCUCUCCGCUGUGAACCGCCACCACCACCUGCUUGCUUCUCUCUUCAAGCUUAGACCAUCAAAAACAUCCUACAAACCCUGUUCUUCGUUCGCCAUAUUCUCUUCAUAUUCAAGAAAGCUAAGGUACUACAGCUUUAGCAGCAAGAACAACCACAUUCCAAGUGGAAGUAGGCAUAGCCGUCCCAUGCCAGAUAAAAUGGAAGUUGGUGGCCGUGGGUCUGAGCAUAUUGGCUUCAAUAAAAGGAGAGCUGAAGGUAAAGAUGGUAAUGAUAAGCCGAAAAAGAUCCUUCAUCGUAAACUCCGCAAACCCAAUAAUGCUAAUACCAUUUGUUAUGUUCAGAUUCUUGGGACUGGUAUGGACACACAAGAUACAUCACCGUCGGUUCUCCUAUUCUUUGAUCAGCAAAGAUUUAUAUUCAAUGCUGGAGAAGGAUUGCAAAGAUUUUGUACAGAGCAUAAAGUUAAGCUGUCUAAGAUUGAUCACAUUUUUCUGUCUCGAGUCUGCUCUGAAACUGCUGGUGGACUUCCAGGUCUCUUGUUGACUCUAGCAGGCAUUGGGGAAGAAACUCAAGGAUUGUAUGUCAAUGUUUGGGGUCCUUCAGAUCUUAACUAUCUCGUCGAGGCCAUGAAAUCAUUCAUCCCAAAAGCUGCAAUGGUUCACACGAACAGCUUUGGACCGGCACCUGGUGAUGACGCCACAAAACCCAACACUCAUAUUGACAGCGAAGUUGUCAAAAUAUCAUCUGUUCUAGUGAGACCAAGACACUCAAAAGGUUCUUCAGAUGUUAAUACUUUAAGAUAUAAUGAUGAGGAUCAAACAAAGGGUUUUUCAGAAUCUCAGUGUUCUUCGAAGCCUGGCGAUCUUUCUGUGGUUUAUAUAUGUGAAUUGCCUGAAAUUAUGGGGAAAUUCGACCCCGAAAAGGCUGCUGGUCUUGGGUUGAGACCUGGACCAAAAUACCGCGAAUUGCAAAACGGAAAUUCAGUUAAGGCAGAUCGACAAAACAUAGUGAUUCAUCCUAGGGAUGUGAUGGGACCUUCUGCUCCUGGUCCCAUUGUGCUCAUUGUUGAUUGCCCUACCAUGUCUCAUCUAGAGGAAUUGUCUUCUAUAGAAUCUCUAGGCCCGUAUUAUUCAAAUAAAUCGCCGGAAGCUAUGGAAAACUGCAAACUUGUAAAUUGCGUGAUUCACCUUAGCCCUUCUAGAGUUGCAAGUACGUCUGCGUAUAAGCAAUGGAUGUCGAGAUUUGGAGGGGCCCAACAUAUCAUGGCUGGGCAUGAAGUGAAAAACAUUGAGAUUCCGAUUCUGAAAUCUAGUGCAAGAGUUGCAGCCCGACUUAACUACUUGUGUCCCCAGUUAUUUCCUGCCUCUGGUUUUUGGUCUCCAUCAGCUCCGGCGUUUGCAUGUGAGGGAUCUGUGCCACAAGUAGAUGGAACCGUUUCUGCAGAGAAUCUCCUCAAGUUCUACCUUCGGCCUUACUCGCGGCUUGGAUUAGACAGGUCUUGUGUACCAAAUCUGGUGUCUCCCCCCGAAAUAAUCAAUGAAUUAAUCUCAGAAAUCCCAGAGAUUGAAGAAGCUUCUCAGCACAUCGCACGGUUGUGCCAUGGCAAUGGAGGAACCAAUGUAGAUCCGUGUUUGGAAGGCAUAACAAGAGAGGAAAUGGAGAUUGUUCUUCUUGGCACUGGUUCAUCCCAACCUUCAAAGUACCGCAAUGUUAGUUCAAUCUUCAUUAAUCUCUUCUCAAGGGGAGGCAUUCUCUUGGAUUGUGGUGAAGGGACAUUGGGGCAACUUAAACGAAGGUUUGGCAUUGAAGGUGCUGACGAAGCUGUAAAGAGUUUGAGGUGUAUCUGGAUAUCCCAUAUACAUGCUGAUCAUCACACUGGCCUUGCAAGAGUACUUGCUCUUAGACGUAAAUUGCUAAAAGAGGUCCCUCACGACCCUUUAAUUGUCGUUGGCCCUCGGCAGCUCAAGAGGUUUCUUGAUGCAUAUCAACGCCUCGAGGAUCUUGAUAUGCAAUUCCUUGAUUGUAGGGAUACUACCGAACUUUCAUUGAAGGCUUUUGAGUCACAUGAAGGUGUUUCCCGGGCUCCAAAUGAGCCCGAAAAGAAUGCGGAAAAUGGGAAUGCAACCGGUGGGCUAAAACACGGAGAGAUUGGUUCUAACUUGUUUGCAAAAGGGAGCCAAAUGCAGAGUCUUUGGAAGAGGCCAGGCAGUCCGAUGAACUCGUCUUUCACCUUCCCAAUUUUAAGGAACCUAAGUGAGGUACUAAACGAAGCAGGAUUAGAAGCGUUGAUUAGUUUCCCCGUUAUCCAUUGCUCACAAGCUUAUGGAGUUGUACUUAGAGCUGCCGAUAGAACUAAUGACGCCGGGAAGAGGAUACCCGGAUGGAAGAUUGUUUACUCCGGCGACACUCGGCCCUGUAAGGAUCUCAUUGAAGCUUCUCGUGGAGCGACCGUUCUUAUACAUGAGGCUACAUUUGAAGAUGGGAUGGUGGAGGAGGCAAUAAAGAGAAACCACAGCACGACAAAGGAGGCGGUGGAGACGGGUAACGCGGCGGGAGCGUAUCGCGUCAUCCUCACACACUUCAGCCAAAGGUACCCCAAGAUCCCGGUUUUCUUCGACGAAUCCCACAUGCACAAGAGGACAUGCAUAGCUUUUGAUAUGAUGAGUGUGAACGCCGUGGAUCUUCCCCUCCUUCCGGCGGUCCUUCCGCACCUCAAGCUCCUGUUUCGCGAUGAACUUGUCGAGGACGACGAGGAAGAUGGUGAUGUGGCGGCUGAUGUGGCAGCUGAUUUUGCUUGAGCAUCUUUUUUUCUCUUGUGUUUGAUUAGUUCUUCUCGAGGUAUAGAUGCGCAUUCCAUUUUAGUUGUUUGCUUUUAGGAUAGUAUUUUGGCAGUUGCAUUGUUUGAUGGAAAUGGUUCUAUCCAUUUUUGUUUUGGGAAUGACUUUUUUAAACAAGAGAAAUAUGGUAAAUAUGAGCUUCAAUUGCCAAAUUUCUUGCCUUUUUAUUACCAUUGUCCGGAAAUGUUCUUCAUUUUGAUUUUUCUUGAUUAAAGUUUGUAAAUUUAA